GUCAGCCAGCACUCGACUACCGACCGCAUGCUGGUUACAUAUUACAUACUAUUACUGUUUACGUCACUUAAACCUUUAUAUUUUUCACAAUGAAAGACAAAACGAAGAAUGGUAGCUCUGGCACGAAUUUUAGCAGAUAAUAUACAAUGCGAAAUCGUUAUUGAAAAGUUUUCCGAAGAAGUUUAAAAAAAAUGAAAAUAAAGACGUAUCUUUGCGGCGGCUACGAAUUCUUGAAGAGGAAAUUCUUUUUUAUAUCAUGGAUCUCAUUAGUGUUAUUUCUUUUAUGUAACACCUUUAUUUAUUAUAAGGACGAGCAGCAAUUUUUUUAUGUUAGAAGAAUUUUAGGGCUAGGAUUAUGUGUAUCUCGAGCCACUGCGUCGGUACUGAAUUUAUGCAGCGCAUUGCUACUGGUGCCGUUUUGCAAGAAACUAAAUCAAUUCCUGUACAGGAUAAUAUCGAAAUUAUGGCCAACAUUAUUCUUCUAUUGGCUGGAGAAAGCGAAAAGCUUUCAUAUGACUGUGGCGAUCACAUUGGCCAUAUUUGCAGUUGUGCAUUCUGCUUCUCACUUUGUAAACUUUUGGAAUUUCUCAAGAGGAUACGACGAAGAGUGGACCGAAAUUAACUUUGCAAGCUACAAGGAUGAGAAUCCUCUCUGGCUACUGUUGAGCGUGGCGGGCAUAACCGGCGUGUUAAUGCUGCUCAUAGUCUUGGGCAUGAGCGCAACCUCCACGAGGGUUGUUCGACGUAAUAUGUACAAUGUUUUUUGGUAUACGCAUCAAUUGUAUCUGAUGUUUAUGGUGUUACUUAUUGUGCACCCAUUAAGUGGUGUUCUCAAAGAAGAAGUAGUUAAUAGUGAAGCUAGUCUAUAUUCUAGUCAUAUUGAACCGUGGUCAAAUAACGUUACCUCGGAGGCAAUUCCGAAAUUUGCGCCCAUACAAUCGAAGACUUGGUGCUGGAUAGCUGUACCAUUGACGUGUUACUUAGUCGACAUCCUGUGGAGGAUAUUGACAAGGAACAGGGCGAAAAUCGAAAUUUUAGAGGUAAGUCACCAUUAUGUUAUUACAAAUACAUUUUUUAUCUUUAAAUGUAUGUAGCUUGUACUCGA